CCCGGAUGGGCCCCAGGGGGACGGACAGGCCUGAAAGGGGACGCACCAACCUCGGCGGGGCCGCCGGGAGACGCUUCCCCCGAGGCCCAGGGUCAGGGAGCUUUUCUCAGCGGACACAGAAGGGCUCCUUUUGUGCCCCCGACGCUGAGCUCUCAGGGGCUCCCCCUGCCCUGCCCCCCUUGGUUCCCCCACAAGCCCUCCUCUGACACAGCUUCUGCCUCUCACUGGCAUUUCUCCCCCCAGGGACCAGACAUGCUCCCGCUGCUCCCGGGCCCUGGGCCAGGAUGCUCAGGUUUCUCCUGGGCCCAGAGUCCCCCAGGGCUCCCCAUGCAGAAUUUCUCCAUGGAUCAGUAGCCGUUUCUGGCCCCUGGGGGAGGGGAGACUGAGCCUGCUGAGGGAGCAGAGGUGGGGGCCCGGCCGGGAAUCCCUGCUCUGGCUCCUCCCUCAAGGGCUUCCUUCUUCCCUCCAGUCCAGCCCGAGGUGACUGUGUAUCCAUCCAAGAUGGCUCCCCUGGGACACCACAACCUGCUUGUCUGCUCCGUCAGCGGUUUCUAUCCCGGGGACAUCGAGGUCCGGUGGUUCCUGAAUGGGCGGGAGGAGACGGCAGGGGUGGUGUCCACGGGCCUGAUGGGCAAUGGAGACUGGACCUACCAGAUCCUGGUGAUGCUGGAGAUGACCCCCCGGCACGGAGAUGUCUACACCUGCCACGUGGAGCACGCCAGCCUUCAGGAACCCGUCCUCUUGGACUGGAAAGCCCAGUCUGAGUCUGCCCAGAGUAAGAUGCUGAGCGGAGUCGGGGGCCUCGUGCUGGGGCUGAUCUUCUUUGGGGUCGGCCUCAUUGUCCACAAGAGGAGCCAGAAAGGCAAUCGGGGUUCACAACCAGCAGGGCUCCUAAGUUGAUCCCCGAGGCUGUGUCCCCUGGAGCUGUUGCCUCCCCUCUCAGCCUCCCUCUCACACUUUUGGGGGCCUCUGCUUGUGCCCAGAGCUCCAGGAAGUUAGACCCCCUGACCCCUUCCCCAGAACAGCUUCUUCUCUGCACCUUCAGCUCUUCUGAACUCUCUGGGGAAUUUCCCCAACAGCCUCAGAAACCCCCUUUACCCUCCUCUCUUUCUGUAUCAAGGUUUUAUUAUUUUUGUCCCUUGAGCCUUCCCCCUAUAUUUAGGAGGCUGAGAAUCAUCUGGGACUUGGUGACACAGAGACAAAGUGGGGUAGUAGAGGGAGGAAGCUUCAGGACUUGGGAUUUGUAGCAUCUGUCAAAGUGAGAAAUGCCUCCAGAAGUGAAGAUUGCCAUCCAUGCUCACCUGGUGCCUCCAUUUCCUUCCAAAAUUUCUGCAGAGCUGAUUACCCAGCAUGCUUCUGGUCUUCCUCUGUGUUCCUUGAUGUUAAAUGGAGACCAAGUCCCUCAUGGUGUCUGCCCAGAAAUCCUUAGCUUUCCCCAUGUGAUGGCCUCCCUCAUUCUGCUGAUGUUCUCAUUGGUGACUUUUCUUCUAUCACUUCUGCUCCAUUCUUCUUUGAUGAUCUGCUGUAGCCUCUGGUUCCCUCUCAUAUGCCUCUCCAUUGAACUUUUAACAAAUUAAAGUUUUAGUAAUACCUUU